AAGUAACUCCCGCCGUUCUCAGUCGCUGUACAGAAAUUACGGUCGUUAGCUAGUCCAAAGUUCACCGGGUUCCCUUUUCGGGGAAGCACGUCAUCAGAUUGUUGCGUCUCAUCUAUUUUAUGGCCGUGCCGUUCACGCCGAGAUGCAACGCGAGCGUUUUGUCGUGAAGUACGUUACGGCGAACAAUUGCUUCGCACAUCUGUCGGCUACCUGGCUGCGGCGUUUGGAAACUGAGGAGAAUGCGAUCGAAAUAUCGCACAACGGAAGGAAGUACUAUCUUACUUGCGUCACUCGCGCUAACAAUGAUGAUACAUUAUGUAUCGGGGCAACAUUCGCGAGAAGCUUGAACAUCCAAGAGGAGGACGAAGUGUUUGUGUCAUCUGUGAAAAACGUUUCCUCAUUAAGCAGCGUUAAGAUUGCUCCUCGCACGGCGAACGAUCGCGAGCUUCUGGAAUUGCAAAUGGAGAGGGUGCAAUCGAGUCUCCUGAGUCAAGUCAGAAUUGUCGCGAAAGGACAGCCGAUCGUGGCGUGGAUCUCCAAGUUUUCCUCCGUGACUUUCAUCGCAGAGGAUUCAGAGCCGAAGUUUGCGUAUGGGCUGCUCGAGGAAUUCACGGAGGUGCACGUGCUUGAUGCAAUCGCGAAUACAACGAUAAAAGAUGCAGUCGUUAAGGAGGAAGCUACGAAGACAGGCAAUCCUCUGGCCAAGAUCUUGCCUUAUUUUGCCAAAGGAAAAGAUCAUCGCGAUUCGAGGGACAACACCGCGAAUUAUGCGUUACUGCAGAGCUUUCGUAAUAGAAACGCGCCUCCGCGCGUCUUCCGCGUGUAUCCCCUGCCGGAUUUCCAGUCCUUCGAUCAAUGGAAUGCCCACGACAUGAUUCUGCGAUGUCCCUGCAACAUCCUGAUUCCGAGGAGCUAUUUGCCGAAAGGCGCAAGACCGAGCGGAACGAUGAUGUGUAGAGUUAGAAAGGUGCCGGAAAAUCGGCAGCACGUCAACGUCACCAGCACGAACUUCCUGAAGGACGAUGAUUCUUCUGUCAAGCCUCCACGAGAACUUGUCGCGAAAAUUUACGUUCUCGAAGAUACUUUGAACAAGUGUUCCGCGUCAUUAGACAGAGAGUAUUUCGAUCUGAAUUCAAUCCACUCUUGCGCGUACGUGUCGGCGAGUUUGAGGAUCACUUUGGGACUGAAAGCUGGUAGCAGAGUAAUCGUGCGGAUGAUCGAGGAGGACGAGCGACCGAGGCCGUCGUCGGUGAACGUUUUUUCAUCCGAGGGAUCGGUAACGCCGGAAAUUUUCGAAAAUUACGUGAAACUCCAUUCGAGGCACGAGCCGCUGUUGCUCAAUUCGGGCGCGACGAUUUUACUUGACGGCGGCGAACGGUGUGUUAUACGAAUGUCACCCGCGGAUUGCGAUUACGCGAUGAUAGACGGGAAGGAUGCGGAAGACUUGGUCGUCUCUGUUUCGUCGUCGGAUCCGAGCGACGGAAAAAUUCCUCGGAUUUGUUCCGAGGAAAAUUUAAGGAUGGAGAAAAUUUCCACGAGAUGUAUAGAGGGUAUCCUUAAAGAUUGCGAGAUCACGCUCGAUCUCGGCUUAGGUCUGCGAAGAGCGGUGGACUUCCGGUAUGAUCGGGAAAACAUUCUGAUCUGCGGCGACGUGGGUUCCGGCAAAACGACCUUCUGCAAAAUGCUAAUCGAGCGUUAUCGCGACGCACCGUGUUUCGUACACACGCAUGUGAUCGAUUGCAGGUCGCUGAAAGGCAAAAAGGUAGAAACGCUGCAGAAGAUUAUUACGUCCGUCACGAACGAAUGCGUGUAUUAUCAACCGUCCAUAUUGUUCCUGGACGAUUUGGAGAGCAUUACCAAUGCGUCAUUAAAUGAUGAGGAAAAUACGAUAGACGCGACCAACGCUUCCAGAAUUACCGAUAUGCUGAUCAAUACCGUCACGCAUUACCAAGAAUCUCAUUAUAUCUCGAUCAUUGCCACUUGUAUCAACGUGAGUAAAAUCGGUUCGGGAUUACGACCGGCCAGAGGAGCGCAGUUCUUUAGGACAGUCUUACAAAUUCCGAAUCUCGAGAAGGUGGAUAGAAUCGAUAUUUUGCGAUUAACGCUCGAGGACAAGUUAUGCGUGCCCGGAGACAUGAAUUGGAAUUACUAUGGAAACAAGACCGAGGGCUGGAUGCCUCAGGAUCUCGUCGACCUGGCGGAGAAGGCACGGUUCGUCGCGUGGAAGCGCCACGCGGCAGAAAGAUUGAAGGUGCCGAUUAUCAUAACGGAGGAGGACGUUAAUACCGCACUGGAGGGUUGCACGCCGAUGUCUCUGCAGGGUGUGCAAUUGUACAAGAGCGGCGGUCAUUCUUGGUCCGACAUCGGCGGACUAGUGGAGACAAAGAGUUCCCUUACGGAAAUUCUGCAGUGGCCGCUCAAGUAUCCGGAGAUCUUCAAGAAAGCUCCGAUAAAGCUCCAGAGCGGUGUUCUGUUAUAUGGGAUGCCCGGCACCGGAAAAACGAUGCUGGCCAAAGCGAUCGCCGGCGAGUGCGGCGUGAAUCUGAUCAGCAUCAAGGGUCCAGAACUGCUGUCGAAGUAUAUAGGCGUCAGUGAGGAGUCCGUGAGAAAUGUAUUCGAAAGAGCCCGUCGCGCCAAGCCGUGCGUUUUAUUCUUUGAUGAAUUCGACAGUCUUGCACCUAGACGCGGACACGACAGCACCGGAGUCACCGAUCGGGUGGUGAACCAGCUGUUGACGCAGCUUGACGGGGUCGAAGAUCGCGAGGGGGUGGCGGUCGUGGCAGCGUCUUCAAGGCCCGACUUGUUGGACCCGGCUCUUCUGAGACCGGGACGCCUCGACAAGUGCUUGCACUGCCCUUUACCGAACGAGUCGGGAAGGGAGGCAAUCUUCGCGGUUCUGUGCGGUUCCCAAAAUGUAGACACAACCGAGCUGGAUCUGAAGGUACUAGCCCAGCUCGCUGACGGAUUUACCGGGGCUGAUAUCAACGCGGCGAUUACUUUGGCGAGGCUGGCGGCGUUCGAGGACGCCUUGGCGACUGCGACGGACGGCAAAGUCAAUGCGACCGCCAUCAAAGUUACGCAAACACACCUCGAGGAGUCUGUCAGAUCGACGAGGCCAUCCUUGUCCAUCGCGGAAAAAUUGAAAUACACCAAGAUUUACGCCCGGUUUUCCAAGGGGGACAACUUCGCGGAGGACGUGCUGAAGAAUCAGAAGGCGACACUAGCUUAAUUAUUUUCUUAAAUUAGACCAAAGUUUCUCAAGAAGAAAAAAAAAAUACUUUUAUACUGAAACACAACAAUAUAAUACGAUAAUAA